GAAGAAAAUAUCCACAGAAGACGAACUAUGGAGGACGAUGGCAUCUUUGUCGUCUUCUUACCCUCAGACAUUACCUCCGUCAUACAGUGAAUUGUUUGCUGUACAAGAAAAUAACAAUCAGCUGUCUGUGUCAAGGCCAUCUGCACCAUUCUCCAAUGAAUUGCAACAGCCACCAAGCUUUCCGAGCACACUGGGAUAUGUUGACAAUGACAGCCAGGUGCCAACAGAAAGUAACUUACCUCCACCAGAGUACGAACAGGCUGCACAAGAUUUGCCACCAUCCUAUGAUACCGUGUUUGGCAGAGUGAGGCUAAUGCGACAACAAAGUGUUGGACACCAUGAUUUUUUUAAACAGACCUACAACGUACUAAGGGAGACAUUUGGAUGUACCCUUUUCCUUGGUGUUCUCUUAGCCAUACCAGUGGCUAUGAUAGUAGUAGGUUCACUUCACAUUUACGACUGCCCAGCUGAACGUUACAUCCCUAUCUAUCUGGUUGUCAUGGGAACCUGUGUCACUGUGAAGAUUGUGAUGGAACUGCUCCAGAGUUACAAAUUUGACUGGCGCAACGAGUGUUCCUUUGUUAAACAAGACCCACCAAAACGGCAUCCUUUUGAAGUGUUCCUCAUAAUGUUCAUGCUUGGCUGGUUUAUUACAGGGAAUGUUUGGAUCUACAAGACUCACACUCGAUUCAGUACAGACCCAACAUCUGUCAACUACUGCUCUCCAGCCGUCUUCUACUUGGCAUUCUGGCUCACAAACUCCAUUUACGUUUUAAUAGUCUUAUGUAUUUGCUGUCUGUAUGGUGUUUCCAUGGCAGCAAAAGACAAUGAAUCAUGAUAGAGUAUUAUAAACUUGUGACAGUUAUUCCACCCUUCCAUAUUCUAGACAUCUUAAACCCAGCUGUGGCAUUUUAUCAUGGCGUGUGCUACAACAGCUUGUUCUGAAUGUGCUCGUAAACCCUUUGACCUGACCUGAUUUUAUCAUUAUUACAAAUGAUAAAGCUACAUGUAGCUUCUGAUAUGACUAAAGUGAGGGUUUUUUUAAGGUCUUCGCCAUGAACAAACUCAAGGUGAGCUGAAGAUCACUCCCCUUAAAUUUUGCCAGCCGAGCAAUCGCAAGAAAUUUCAAAUGAAAUUCAUUAAAUAUUUUAAUGCAAGGCGAUCAGUUUGCAGCUCUCCUAAACUUCCCAGGAGAAUGUGGAAGGCAGUGUGAAUGAUUACUCUCCUUUCCUGGUGAAGGCUGUAUUACAAAUGCUUUUGACAUUAGUGAGUACAGUCUGUACAUUCGGUGGACAUUAGAAGUGUAAUGAUUUGGGUGUUGUGCAAUAUGAUAUGUAUCUUGGUGUGUGUGUCGUGAUUUGAUAUCCUUAACUUUUCAUAUAGAAUAUGUUUGGUUGAAUAAUGAAAGAACACAUAUUUACAAUUUCAGUUCAUUUUAUAAAUGAACACUUUUGUACAAGGUGGCAUAGCAACACCAAGGGCAGUUUAUAGAUACAGAUAUCUUAAAUGCUUGCGAAUAAUAUUCCCAGAAAUGAUCAUUGUCAUGGGAACUAUGAUUUCAUUCCUCAAGAUAUUUGCAACUGUCAUCUUUUUACACAAACUUAUUAAAAUAUGUAUGUAUCCCAUAUAUUGUGAUACUUUAUCGUCAUAUCAUUACAGUUUCUGUUGAUGUAUGUGUAUUUUCAUUGUAUUUUCUUUCAUUAAUGGGUUCUGCCUAGAAAUUUAUGAUUGGUGAAAAUAACAUGCCACCCCUGCAAAAAAUUGGUGAAAAUAACAUGCCACCACUGCAAAAAAAAACCCAACAUACCGUGGAAAAUCAAAUUGAAUAUAGUCCACAGCAGAAAAAGUACUGUGGAUAAUUAAAAACUACACAGCACUGACAAUUGCCAUGUUUCUUUAUUGUGCAGACACUUCGCAGACAACCAUGUUGUUGAUAUUACAGCCAUGACCAUCUCAACAUCCACCACCCUGACCACCAUUUCUUUUAUUACUGUCAACGUGUUGGUAUGUUUUAAUUUUCUACUGGAAUGUUGAAUAUUACCUCAGCAUAUUGUUUUAUCAGCAGUUGUUGUUAGGUGUUCUUGCCUGAUGCGCUGUCGGUCUAGGAUCGAUCCCCAUCAGUGGGUCCAUUGGGCUAUUUCUUAAAGGCCAUGGUAUGUGUUAUCCUGUCUGUGGGAUGGUGCAUAUAAAAGACCCUUUGCUACCA